UGUAGAUGAAUUAACAACAAUGCUUGAAUCAUUACCAUCCUAUGAAAAUUCAAAAGAAACUCAAGAAGAAUCAGCAAUUUUUGAAGAUGAUAAUGAACCAUCAACUGGUUUAAUUAAUUUAAUACGAAAAACUUCGAUGCAUUCAUCUCAAAUUAUUACAACAAAUGAUAUUUCAAAUACCAUAGUAGCUGAUGAUUCAACAAGUUAUUAUUCUGCUGAUGAUGAUACAACGACAAGUGGAACAAAUUCAACUCCAAUUGUGAUUAGUACUAAUACUGAAGAAGAGAUUAUUGAAGAUAAUGAUGAAGAAAUCAACAUGAAUUUAUUAAAAAGUAAAAUGAAACAUUUGUUUGUUCUUAGUGAAAAUGGAAAACCAGUUUUUACAAGGUAUGGUGAUGAAGAACAUUUAAUAACUUUAGUGGGUGUAAUACAAACACUUGUUUCAUUUUCUGAAUUAACUGAUUCAAAUCAAUUAAAUUAUAUUAAAGCUGGUCGUUGUCGUAUUACAUUUUUACAUAAAGAACCUUUAAUAUUUGUUUUAAUUUGUCAUACAAAUGAACAUCCAAUAUGUUUAGCUCAACAAUUAACAUAUACAUAUCAUCAAAUAAUAAGUACAUUAACAUUAAGUCGUAUAAAACAUAAAUUUACAAUUCAACCAAAUUUUGAUUUACGUCGAUGGUUAUCAAAUGCAGAAAAAAAACUUCUACAUAAUAUUAUUGAUAUGUAUGAACAUGAUUUAGGAAUGGUGAUGACUUGUGCAAAAUGUUUAACAUUACCAUCACAUAUUCGAAGUCAAAUUGGACAAACAGUUGCACAAAUCAUCAAAGGUCAAAAGGAUAUGAUAUUUGCAAUAAUUCUUACUCAUGGUCAUCUUGUAUCAAUAGCACGUUUAAAAAAUUAUCAUUUACAUCCAUCUGAUCUUUAUUUACUUAUUAAUCUUGUUAAUAGUUCCGAUGCAUUUAAAGGUGUAGAAUCAUGGGUACCGGUGUGUUUACCAAGAUUUGAUCCAAGUGGUUGUCUUCAUGCACAUAUAUCCUAUUUAGAUGAUAGUUGUGAUAUAUGUCUUGUAUUAAUGACAGUUAAUCCGGAACAUUUUCAAAUACUUUCAGACUUUAGACAACGUAUUGGAGAUAAAUUAAAAAAAAGCAAUGCUCUAGUACAAAUAAAAAUAGCAUUAGGAAAAGAUCGUCUUCUAUCUGAUGAAAUUGCUUGUAAUGAAUUACGAUAUUUUGCCUAUAAAUCACGUGGUUUAAGUCAAUAUACUUCAUCAAAAUUAUUAGCUCCUUAUACAACAAACGAGCAACAUGUUAGAUUAUUUGAAUUAAUACGUUAUGUAUAUGGACGUUUACAUGAUCCAAAUCAUCAAUUAAAAAUUGUUUAUUUUAUUGGAGAACAUGAAUCUUUACUUGGAUGGUUAGCACCAGGUUUUGAAAUGCAUGCAGUAUUCUCACCAAUGGUUACAUUAGAAACAGUGACAUUAUGUAUUGAUCGUAUAUUAACAUAUAUUAAACGUGAAGAAAGUCAACUAUUUAUAAUGAAAUGUGAAUAUUUCUGA